AUGGGAUCGAGUCCGGUAGGACAACCGAUUGCUGUAAACUCCAUUCCUGCAAUUGAAAGAAUGGAAAAUUCGAAUAACAGUGGUUCACUAAAACGUCGAGGUAUUUGCUCGGGAGAUUCAGAAUCAAUCUGCAGUGGCGACAGUAUUUUUCUAGUGGAAUUAGAUUGUAAUACUAAAUUUGUCAAAAGUCAAAAGCCUUGUCCUGAUGGGACAACUUGUGUAUUCAACGGCAAGACUGCAAAAUGUUCAUAA